AUGGACACACAGCCAGGCUCAGACACUUCCAAGGUCAAGGAUCCUUCAAGGCUUACAUACGAGAAUGUACAGACGCGCUGGUUUGUACUUAGCUCUUACUGGAUUGUCAUCAUCCUCGCGCUGCCCUUCUGGUGGCGAACAACAAGCAUUGAACGCCUAAGCCUUCCUUCACAUCGCAUACGCGCACAAGUAGAAGAGCGCCCCCGCCUUGCGGUUACCUUGGCACUUGACAGAUCCUCCUUUGGUACUCAGGUGGACUCAGUUGCAUCUGAAGUUAACGGUCUCCUGGAGGCGUCAGCUAGUUCAUCCCGGUGGAGAGGUAUUGAUGCAAAGGUAGUAGUUGGAGCCGAUGAGAAAAGCUCCUACACUGUCUCAGCGGGUAAGUCAACAGUCGUUGGUAACAGAUCUCUUGUUCUGUCUUCAGAGGACGUGAAACGUCCAACAAGGAUAGCGGAAUUGCUCUCAGAUCUUGUGGCACCAUAUAUGGCUACGGCGGACAACUUGCCAGAACGAGUCAUACAAUAUGCACCGCGAUAUAGGCUAGCAUUCUCGCUGCUGAACGAAAAUGCUGCGUCCAAGUCAGGGGCUACCGGAUGGGAUGUUCAAAGAGCCAUUUCUAAGCACUUUAAUCCCGUUCUCAGCGAACUGGGUCUGCUGCAUAAUUUUACCAUUGAAAGCCAAGUACAAUACCAUUCGCCGCUGGCUUUUCAACCGGAAAUUAUCGACAAUGGCCUAGGCCUCACGCAUGAUCAGUUGACUGUGUUUGUCAACUCCGCUGAGUGGACGCUGGCAUCUUCCGUGUCGAAUGAUCCGGUCUUGCACUUUGUUCUUUUCGUACCAUCGCAAAAAGACAUGCCAAUGUACAUCCUUGACACUGCAGGUCGUCCAGCCAACUCCAAUGGUUUCCUACUUCCGCAAUGGGGAGGCGUAUAUGUCUUAAAUACACCACCCGAUCAGCAGGAACUGGUACAUCUCAAGGAGAAAGACUUGUUGCCAGUAUUCUCCACCUUCGUCGGCCAGUUCUUAACUCUCAUGGGUGUCGCCAACCUUCCUCCGGAUGUUCGAUCGCUUGAGACGUCUGCUCUUUCCUCUUGGCAGCUAGAUGCCCUUCUUCGCCGGCGCGCUCUCGAGAACAUCCACGGAAGUCAGGAUACAUUGCAUAGCAUCAUCAAACUGGUUGAAGAAAUUGAGAAUAUGCCCGUAGGCGACGUCGUGAGAGAUGAAGUUCAAGGUUCGCUUGAUCUCCUCGAGGAGGCUUACCGUGCAUCUUCGAUUUCACCCGAGCUAACGCUUAAAUGGUCAAGCCAGGCUCUGGCGUUCGCAUCUCGAGCGUUCUUCGAUCCGGGAAUGCUCGCUUUGCUCUACUUCCCUGCUGAACACAAGUAUGCUGUGUACACGCCACUCUUUGCUUCAAUCUCGGUGCCCCUCAUUGUCGCGCUUGUCAGAGAGUUCAAGGCAUGGAAGCUAACACGGCAAGCAGCCCAAUGAAUAAGGAGAAAACAAUGUGUAGAUGCCCGUAAUGUAGUGUUAAGGCUUUAGACUUCAUGUUGCUGCCAUGGUUCAAUAAAGUGUAGCC